AUGAAGGUGCCUAAAGAGUUCUCAAGUUAUAUUAACGAAUCACGAAAUUCAGUAGAAAUAGGAACGGAAACAACUUCGUAUAAAAAACUUAAUGAUUUUAAAAGUUCAAAUUUAUUAGGCAAUGAUUUUUGGGUAAGAGAGAUAUUUAAAGCGCCUAUGGGGAAGGAUAUUGAAAGGAAUAAUGAAGUUGGGAUGGACAUUAAUAGUUCAAAUGAGGUGUAUAUGCCUAAGAGGGUGCCUAUGACGGAUGAGUCUUUUAAUUCGUGGUCAAAUUUAGUAGAAAUGGGAAAGAAAACAACUUUGUAUAAAGGCUAG